AUGCUCCAGCUCAGUCUGCUCCUCGCUCUUCUGCUUUGGCCCCUCGUGGUUCUCUGCAGUGUCUCCAAGGACUUCCAGGACUGCCGAACCUUCUUCCACAUGCAGGUUCCUCCCAGGGGCCUCUGGCACGGGGCCCCGAGCUCCAUCUGUCAGAGGUACAUGGACCAGAUGCACUACGCCACGCUGUAUGACACCCACAGACACCUGCCCAUCUACUCUGCUUACAUCUUCAGGAAGUCUGACGGGAAGAGACGAGUGGACACACCAUGGAUGUAUGAACCUCAGCUGAUUGUUGCUGAUGAGACUGGUAACAUGCGGCCCCUCCCUCUUUCUGAAGACACGCCCCCUUUCAUUGAGGACACCCAGGCCGUGCUGGAGGACUACACGGACGCCAUCGAAUACAAACGCUGUCCCCUCAACCCCGAUGUCCACCAGGCUGACCCUCCACAGAAAUCCUCCACCUACUCCCUAACUAACGUGGUCCCGCUCAGAGCAGACCUCCUGGACAAUGUCUGGAAUCCAUAUUUGGACAGAAUUCGCCGGCGACUCAAUAAUUUCUGCCUUGGUAAAGCUUUUAUGGUGUCAGGCGUGACAGCUUCGGGGGAUAACAUCAGGAGAGAGAAUCGAGAUAGAAUAGGAAUCCCUAAACACAUCUGGCUAGCGUAUUGCUGUCCACGUUUUGACCAGAAUUCUCCCUAUGAGGUGCGAUACAUGUUUCCUUCGUAUGCCGCCUAUGCUCUGAAUGGACACGGCCAAAAUGAAGUUGUCGAAGUCCCGCUCAAGACUCUGGAGUCGUUCAUAAAGUCAAACACAGAUGUUGAUGUGGUGAUUUUUUACAAAGGCUGCCUGACUGAACAUCACUUAUAG